AUGCUGUGGGUUUCAGAUAACCAAACAGUAAAACACAUUAAGAACAAGGCCCAGCACACAGAGAUGGUGAUUAAAGCUGAUUUUCAGAAGCUCCACCAGUUUCUACGAGAGGAAGAGGAGGUGAGGAUAGCUGUUCUGAGGGAGGAAGAGGAGCAGAAGAGUCAGGUGAUGAAGGAGAAGAUUGAGGAGAUGAGCAGAGAGAUAUCAUCACUUUCAGACACAAUCAGAGCCCUAGAGGAGGAGCUGAGAGCUGAAGACAUCUCAUUCCUCAAGAACUACAAGGCCAUAGUGAGAAGAACCCAGUGCACACUGCCGGAUCCACAGCUGGUCUCAGGAGGGCUCAUAGACGUCGCCAAACACCUGGGAAACCUGCAGUUCAGAGUCUGGGAGAAAAUGCAAGGGAUUGUGAAAUACAGUCCUGUCACUCUGGACCCUAACACCGCCCACCCAGGUCUCGUCCUAUCUGAGAAUCUGACCAUUGUGAAAUGCACAAAUGAGAAACAGCAGCUCCCUGAUAACCCAGAGAGGUUUGAUUACUAUGCAUGGGUCUUGGGUUCUGAGGGCUUUAACUCAGGGACACACAUCUGGGACGUUGAGGUUGGGAACAAUACAUUCUGGUCACUGGGUGUGAUGGAAAAGUCUGUCCAGAGGAAGGGAGCAGUUAAUACUGGACACUGGCGAUUCUGGCACUUCAAAGGUAAAUACGGUGCAUUUUCCCCACCAGAAUCAACCAGUGUACUCCCUGUGGCAAAGAAACCCCAGAGGAUCAGAGUGCAGCUGGACUGGGACAGAGGAGCGCUGUCAUUCUCUGACCCUGAUAAUAAAACAUGUUUACACACUAUUACACACACUUUCACUGAGAGAGUCUUUCCAUACUUGGGUAGUUACUGCAAGCUCUCCCCACUGAGAAUUGCACCAGCGAAUGCCUCUGUAAAAGUACAGCAUAGUUAGAAUCUGUCUAGUGCAACAGCAUUUAUUGAUUAUGACACGUGUGUCAAUGCAUGUUUAUAGGUCAAAAAUCAUCUUACAAAUCAACUCAAUUUCAUUUUACAAUGAACAUAAAUUGUUGUUUGAUAGUGAAAUGUAUAGAAUGUUAAAGGUAAUUGAGCUCUUUGAGUGUAAACCCCUUUUUGUUGAUCAACCUUGUCACAGUGCACUAGCACUGCCCUUCCCCUUCAUGUGAUGUUUCUUUUCAUCUUAAAAAUCUACUUGACAGUCAGUCACACAUAACUGUAUAUUCAUUGUAACAUUAUUUGGGAAGCUUAGCCAUUAGAGGCUUCUGUUCUGGAGGAUGCCAGACAAAGCGGAAUACGGAUAAGGAUAAUGUUCCUAUCUGGCUCAAAGAACCAUGAAAAAGAAUGCAAUCUAGUGGUGGUUGUCUCAGAGAGAGGUGUUGAUGUUUUUAGAACAACCAACCCAGGGACUUGGUGCUGCUGCCUGUUCAUACUGUAGGCAGGUGAGCUGACCGAUGCCUGGUCAGUGAGGACUAGGUAUGUAUGAAGUGUCCUGGCAGUUGCACAGCUCCAGGUGGUUUGACCUGAUAGGAGACAGCCUGACCAGCCCUGUAGGCGUUGAGCCUCAGCAGCGCAGGCCGACUCUGUCUGAGAGAGAAGGAGCUGUCAAACUAAACAUGAGGUAUUCUAUCCGCCCUGUGUAUUGUAAAUGAUUUGUAAGGCCUGUUGUAUGUCUUGUAUUUACCAGUAAUUCUCUAUAAUAAAAUUGGACAAAAAUGUGAA